AUGUAGUUAAGUAGCUCUUCAUAGCUUUUCUCGAUUAUUAGCUACUGUUAUAGCUGUUAUAGCUUUUAUUUUAGUAGCUUUACUUUUACUGCACAGUAACAAUAGUUACUCAUGUAAUUCUUAAGCUUGAAACCUCUGUAAAUAGGUUUCAGCCUUUUAAUGAAAGGGCAUUGAAUCAUUUCUUAAAAAAACCUUGUGAGGUGCUGCAUCAAAUAACCCAAAUACACCUAUUAUCCCUACCAUCCUAUUCGGGGAUUUGACCAAUAUCGAGGCUGUCGGCACUCAACCAAACACCAAUCCUACAACAGUCCUAGCUACUUCACCAUCCCCAAAACACCCUCCCAUCACACCACCAAUUUUAGCCAACACAAACACUACCAACCUACAACCACUGAUGGCAGAACCUCUCAGCAUUGACUAUGAAGAUAAGAAUAUGGAAAAAGGCUUCUUUUCACCAAAUGGGUUCCGACGCUACUUAGCAAACUACCUAAAGGAAUCUGGCCUAUGUAUAAUGGCAAUUCCACAAACGGAACCCAAGACAAAAAAAUCAAACAAGUUGGCUAAGACUAAGGCGGGAACCCGUGAGCUCAAGAAUCUCACUUCUUCUAUCAAUUAUGAGAAACGAAAGUUUUUCCAAGGGGGGCCAUCCGUUGCAAAAUGAAAUUCUUGACAUGGAACGUUAGAGGGCUGGACUCAUGGAAGAAGGGAGCCCUCAUCAAGCAAUUCAUCUCCCGCCUUAAUCCAAAUGUGGUGAUUCUUCAAGAGACCAAGCUCUCCUAUAUGGACAUCCUCAUUGUAAAAUCCCUGUGGAGUGCACAUGGGAUUAAUUGGUCUGCUUUAGACGCUUCAGGGAUGGCUAGUGGGAUCCUCAUCCUCUGGAAUGACCCAGACCUCAAAGCUGCUGAAAUGAUUGAAGGUGUUUUCUCCCUUACCAUAAAUUUUUGUUUGUCUGAUGGCUUUCUCUUUUGGGUCUCAGGCAUCUAUGGCCCAUCUACUACAGAAUUUCACUACCUUUUCUGGCAGGAGCUCCUUGAUCUUUCCGAUCUUUGUGAGAACCAUUGGAUCCUUGCUGGUGACUUCAAUGUAACAAGAUGGUCUUGGGAGAAAUCUAAUGGCAGACCCCUAACCAAGAGUAUGUGGCUAUUCAACUCAUUUAUAGAGGAUUCCAGCCUCAUAGACGUUCCCCUCACCAAUGGACAGCACACAUGGUCUCGCAACACAUCCUUCUCCCUGAUUGACUGUUUCCUCCUCACAAAUGGAUGCAUUGACAAACUUGGGAUGCCUAUAGCAAAAAGGAUGACCAGAACCACUUCGGAUCACUUUCCUAUUCUUCUUGACUUCGGACAGAACAACUGGGGUCUUACUCCUUUCAGGUUUGAAAACAUGUGGCUGUCCCACAAAACCUUCAAACCUUUUCUUGAAACUUGGUGGGGAAACAAACCUUUGCAUGGCUGGCCUGGACAUGGAUUGAUGAUGAAGCUCAAGUCUCUAAAGUAUGCCAUUAAACUCUGGAUCACCGAGCAUUUCAGAUGUAUCCACUCACAGAAGGAAGAUCUCACCAACCUCAUGAACUCUCUGGAUGAUCUAGAGGGCUCACAACCUGUCACACCGGAUCAAAGCCGUGCCAGGAUACAAGCCAAAGAGGACCUCUUAUCCGUUGUUGCCAAGGAAGAAGCCUUUUGGAGGCAAAGGUGCAAACAGAAAUGGCUGUGUGAGGGGGACGAAAACACAAAAUUCUUCCACAGAUUCCUAGCUAACAAGAGGAGAAGGAGUAUUAUCACAGAAAUUCUCUCUAAAAAAGGAAUCGGCCUGACACAGAUCAAAGACAUAGAGGAGGAAUUCAUUGAUUUCUAAAGAAUCGUUACACCAGAAAGGAAGGUCAACGAUGCUGCCCUACCAACCUUCCAUUGGAACCCAUCUCCACAGAACACUCCAGCCUACUGGAACAACCUUUCACGGAGGAGGAAAUCUAUAAGGCAGUAAAAUGUCUUGGCACUGAUAAGGCAUCGGGCACGGAUGGAUUCAGUGCUGAAUUUUUUAAAAAGUCAUGGAACACUAUCAAAACUGACUUAUUGACAAUGUUCCAGGAUUUUUUCAAAAUUGGGGUCAUCAAUGCUGCCCUAAAUGAGACCUACAUAUGUCUCAUUCCGAAGAGAAAAGAAGCUAAAACAGUGCACGAUUAUAGGCCGAUUAGCCUCAUCCCAUGCACCUACAAAAUUCUUGCAAGGGUUUUCUCUGAGCGUCUCAAAAAGGUACUGCCUCUCACCAUCUCUGACCAACAAUAUGCAUUUGUAGAAGGAAGACAAAUACUGGACUCCGCUCUUAUUGCCAAUGAGAUCAUUGAUGAUUGGCAAGCUCGAAAGCUUGAAGGAGUGGUGAUUCAGCUGGACCUUGAGAAGGCCUUCGACAUGGUUGAUUGAGAUUUCCUUGAUAUGGUUCUAAAGCACAAAGGAUUCGGGGAGAAAUGGAGGAAAUGGAUUAGAGCUUGUAUCUCCACUACAAGCUUUUCCAUCAUUAUUAAUGGGAAGUCAAGAGGCAAAUUCACUGCCACUAGAGGAUUGAGGCAAGGGGAUCCCCUAUCCCCCUUUCUUUUUAUCAUCAUCACCGUUGUCCUUAGCCAGCUACUUCACCAGGGAGAACAACAAGGACAGCUCUCAGGGUGUGAAUCAAGAUGUGGCUUAAUAAAAAUUAACCACCUUUUUGCAGAUGACACCCUCCUUUUCUCCAACAAAGAUCCUUUCUUUGUCAAAAAACUCCACAAGAUCAUCAAGUUCUUUGAAGUGGCAUCUGGUCUCAGCAACAACUAUAACAAAUCUAGUGUUUAUGGCAUCUCUAUUGGCACACAGAUCAUUACUAGAAUUGCCAAUGCAUGGGGCUGCACAACGGGAUCGUGGCCUAGCACCUAUUUGGGUCUUCCACUCAAUGGCAACCCAAAAAAAAGAAAUUUUUUGGCUGCCGAUCAAUGAGAAGCUUCAAAUUCGCCUUUGUAAGUGGAACAACCUUUUCAUCUCUAAGGGGGGAAGACACACCAUACUACAAUCUAUUCUCACAAACUUACCUACAUACUAUCUAUCUCUUUUCAAAAUCUCGGCCAAAGUUGCUGAUAGAAUGGAUAAGAUCUUUGGGGACUUUUUAUGGGAAGGUCCAAACAACAAUGGCAAGCCUCACCUAAUCAAUUGGAACACCACACAACUUGCGAUCAAAGAAGGAGGCCUUGGCAUCGGAAAUAUAAAGCAGAGAAACCGUGCUCUUCUUUCUAGGUGGGUGUGGCGCUACAUAACGGAACCUAAGCAGCUUUGGAGGAGACUUAUCUCAGCGAAAUAUUCUAGAUCUCCCUCCACCAUUUGGCCUACCACUUACAACCUGAACCACAAGGGGCCAUGGACUGCGAUCACACACCAAACCAACCUAAUAAAGGACACAGCCACUUGCCGGGUGGGGGAUAGGAGUCAAAUCAGUUUCUGGAAGGACAAAUGGUUAUCACAGGGAACUUUAGCCAUCAUCUUCCCAAAUCUCUACAUACUAGCAAUGAAUAAGGGUGCUACUAUUAAAGACCAAUGGUCCAGAUCAACCUCAUCCUGGAAUUACAAUUUUCGAAGACCCCUCAAAGAGGAGAUAUUUGACGAAUGGAUGCGGUUAACACAUUUGCUCAGCCCGAUUGUGCCCCUCCUCUUGAGGAUCAAUAGUAUUGGCCACUGGAAUCAUCGGGGUCCUUUACCACCAACUCUACCUUUAACCUCCUCAACUACCACAUUGCUCCUUCGGCCUCCACCCUCUACCCCUGCCUAUGGCAUGGAAAAUGCCCCAAGAAAAUCAAAUUCUUCUGUUGGGAGCUUAGUCAUGGGGCAUUAAACACCCAUUACAGGGUACAGAGGAAACUCCCCCACAUGUUGCUCUCUCCUCAUUGUUUUGGAGCGUCAGAGACACAAGGUCAUCUAUUUAUACAUUGCCCUUUUUCCUCUCGUUUUUGAAACCAUGUGCUAUCGGCUUUUGGAUGGACAACAGUACUACACACACAACUAGGGCUUUUUCUGGAUUGCUCUUUGGUGGGACACCCUUUCAAGAAUGCAAAAGCUACUCUUUGGGUUCAACUCAUUCGGGCCUUCUUAUGGUCCCUCUGGUUAGAAAGGAAUCGUCGGGUCUUCAAUGAUAAAUUCCUCUCUUUUGAAAUUUUUUUUGACAGGGUUAUUGUUCUAGCUUUGGGUUGGUGUAAAUGUUUAUACCCCCAUUCAACAAUUACUCUCUAAACGAGCUUAUUACAAGUUGGAGAGCUUUCUUGUAAUUGCCUUCAUGGAUUUUUGUAUAUUUCAUACCAUCAAUGAAAUAUUUGUUUCAUAUAAAAAAAAAUAAAAUUGAUUAGAUUAUGUUCCAAGUGGUUGAGGUUUAUGGUUAAGUAAAUUUAAAUGAAAAAAUUACACCAUUUUCAUACUUAGUCGAUACAAUUCAAAGUUGAUUAGUUUAGGUUUUUUUCCCUUCUUCAUAAGAGAUAUAAGGAGGCCUUCAGAUAAAAAGUGGCAAAAGCCAAAACCGAACAACCUAAAGAACAAUGGGACGGGUCAAACUUAGCCCACCAAGAUGGUAAAAGUGGAGUAAUUUAUAAAAAGAACUUGUGUUGUGCACUCCAAUUAAAGGUAAUGAGAAAUCGAACUUUUCAUUGAGAAAAAUGAAAAAAAAAAAAGACAUUAUGGAUAAGGUCAUGCAAAAAAAAAAAAAAGAAACAAUCUAGCGACAGACACCCUAUCUAAAAAAAGGGGCUCAAAUCCAAAAGGAUACCACCUAGCUGAUAAUUACAAAAAAAACUUAGAAAUCGGUCCACAGGAAGUAUUAAAGCUAAUAAUCUUCAAAAUAUACUCCCUAGACCUCUCCACCCUUAGAGACUAUUAUUUCUCUCAACCAAAUCUCCACAAGAUAGCAAAGAAACAAGCCUACCACAUAAAUUUUCCCUUAUCCAAAAAAUGAGGGAACGAACAACAGAACCUCCUUCAUCGAAGCCCAACAAUCCCAGUUACGAACCCAUGACACCUCAAACAGCUUAAAGAAUCGGCCCCAAAUAUCUUGAGCAAACUGACAAUGGUACAAUUUGUGGUUAAGAUCCGCGAAGCACACACCACUGCGGCCCCAAAAAGAAAGAAAAGCACCUUUGAAUACAAUCCAAGGUGCUGUCCCAUGUAAUACCUGCCACGCAAAUUUUUUUAUCUUUUUUGGAAUUUUAACCUUCCAAAACAAGGCAAACAGUGGGGUAGAUGGGAGAGAGAAUCGAGGCAAACAGUGAGCUGAACAAUAUUACAACAAUAAUCAAAUGAGUUAGAUCUAUCUAAAAUAGUGCUAGCAUUUUUUUCUUUCCAAAUAAACCACAAUAAAGCCCUUGAGGCAUUAGAUCUGACCACACCACUUUAGCUUUGUCUUUCAGACACUUUCCCAAUAACACCUCUUGGAGCCAAUCUUCUAUGUAUUUCGGGCACUUUGUCUUUCUCAGGUCACCUCUUCACUAAUAGAAAGGAACGCUAGGAAAAAUAUUGUAAAAUGACUAAAAUUCAUGAUCAUGAGAGUGAAAAUUAGCAAAACAUGACUUUUUUUUGGUGUGUUUACCAUUAGAAAGUACAUUAGGUUUUAGUUUAGGUAAGAGUAGAAUGAUUGGUGUAAACCAAGUAAGGAAAUUAUAUUUGAUUUCAAUCCGCCUUUACAAUAGGAGAAGAUUGGCAUUAUAGGCAGGCAACUGAUCCUUUAACUAACUAACGGCUAGAUAAAAUAAGGAACUAAACUCAUCGGCUAAUUACAUAAAACAAAAGGCUACUGACUACAUCAAAUUCCCUCCGGCCCAAAAGAAAACUCGUCCUCGAGUUCAAGCGGCUAGUGUAAAGGCAUCCUCCGCAUGGUACUCUUUAUAUAUCCUCAAUAUUGAAUACUGGGUGUAUUCGAAGAUCCGCCAGUAGAUUUACCCGGAAGGCAUUGUCUCCAUACUUCUUGAGGAUCUCAAAGGGGCUGAUUUUAUUAUUCUGUGGCUUGUUAUAUGUGCCCUUUGGAAAACAAGACUUCUUUAAGUAGACCAUUACUAGAUCUCCUUCGGGAGAAGUUUUUGCUUGGCGAUGGCUAUCUGUAGCAACUUUGUAGGUUGCCGCAGCUUUUAGAAGGUUAUCAAUUACUUCUUUAUGGGGCUACACGAUCCACUCCGCCAUGUGUUUCGCUUCCCGAUUAAAAUCAACAGUGGAAGGCAUAUUAGCAAGGUCUACGGUUAGUCUAGGAAGUCUAGUAUAAAUGAUUUCAAAGGGGGGACUUCCCUGUAGAUUUGUUUUUCAUAUGGUUGUAAGUGAAUUCCGCCUGUGCAAGUGUAAGACUCCACUGCUUUGGUUCGUUGGUCCCCAAGCACCGUUUGAGGUUUCCUAUGGUCCUAUUAGUCACCUCUGUCUGGCCGUCCGUUUGGGGAUGGCUAGUCGUGCUUAACUUCAAACUCGUAUCAAAUUUCUUCCGUAAUGUCUUUCACAAUCCGAAACAAUAGUUUUCGGGACGCCGUGUAAGCGGACAAUCUCACGGAAGAAAAGAUUGGCCACAUAAAUUGCAUUAGAUGUCUUUUUACAAGGGAGGAAGUGUGACAGCUUGCUGAUACGAUUCACAACAACUAGAACCGAGUCAUAACCCGUCUGAGUUUUGGGGAGACCCAAGACAAAGUCCAUGGACGAAUCCUCCCAAAUUGAUGUAGGAAUGGGAAGGGGGAGUAGAGCCCUGUAUCUUGAGAUUGUCCUUUGGCUGUUUGGCAAGUUAGACAUCGAGUAACAAAGUUAUAUACAUCUUUACGUAGCUGUGGCAAAAAAAAAUUUGUGCUGCCACCAGAUCUAAAGUUUUAUCACGGCCUAGAUGGCCAGCCAAGCCCCCACUAUGCAUGUCUCGGAUUAAGGUUUCGCGAAGAGAAGUAUGUGGGAUGCAUAAUCGAUCUCCCUUAAAUAGAUACCCAUCUAGAAUUUGGAAGUCUUGGCAAUUGACAUGUUGAUUGAAUUGGACCCAGAAGUCUUGGCAAUCCUCCCGCAACCUUCCUUGCUCAAUUGCGAUGUUUUCCAUGUGUUUGGACAAAUUUUCCAAUAACCGAUGAAUAUUCUAAACGCUAGAACGUACUUCCCCCAAGGAAUCCUCCACCAAUAGCAAGUGUUCGGUGGCCGAUUUUGGAGACAGAACUUGUACCAUUGAUGGAUCCACCACAAGACCUUUGCCGGAAACCAUUGUGUUCUUCCCAGCCAUCAGAUCCUACGGAUUCGAUGAGGGCUCUGAUACCAAUUUGGUGUAAACCAAUGACUGUAACCUCAGUUCAAUUAAUGGUUAUGCUGGAGCUAAUGCUCGAAGAAGAGCUUCUUCAGACAAACCAGAGCUGAC